AGUGUUGUGUAAAGAAGGCGUACGAGGAAAAUUAAAACUAAAAACGAUGAACUGAUGAAGUCGUCAACUGCUCUAUAAAGCCAGUAGCAGUAGUAGAGAGCAGGUAGAGAGCAGCACAAAAUCAUCGUCGUCUUCAACCUCCGAACACACUCUCCUCACCCUCUCUCCGAGGGGGUAAAAAUGGACACAAAUUUCUUCCAACCCGCAAUUGCGGCACUGGUUUCCACCGCAAUCGCCGUAAGAUCUUACAGAAGGAAGUCUCUCAACCUCUCAGGCGCAUUUCUAGGGUUUAUCGUCAUGACCAUCCAUAUCGCCGUCAAUUACAGAUUUGGAGCGAUGAUGCUAGCUUUCUUCUUUACGUCAUCGAUGCUGACGAAGGUCGGACAGGAGAAGAAACGGAGCGUCGAUGCCGAGUUCAAAGAAGGAGGUCAACGCAAUUGGAUACAAGUUCUCUCCAAUAGUGGCAUUGCUGCCGUUUUGGUCCUCACCGUUUGGAAGCUGAUGGGAUCACUGGACAAAUGUUUGGACUCAAAAGAAUCACGUCUUGUAACAGCUCUAAUUGGUGGUAUGAUUGGUCACUAUUCCUGCUGCAAUGGAGAUACUUGGUCAUCGGAGCUUGGGGUACUCAGUGAUGUACAGCCGAGACUAAUUACGACCUUAAAGCCAGUUCGCAAGGGUACAAAUGGUGGUGUGACAAAAGCAGGGCUCCUAGCAGCUACUGCAGCUGGCUCCAUUAUUGGACUCACGUUUGUUAUCUUUGGAUUUUUCACGACAAGAUGUACAUUUGACGUGGCUCUGAAGCAGCUACUGGUAAUACCUCUUUCUGCUCUGGCAGGACUUGGUGGAAGCCUCAUAGACUCUCUCUUGGGAGCAACACUUCAGUUUAGUGGAUUUUGCAGUGUCCGUAACAAGGUUGUUGGUAAACCAGGCCCGACAGUAAAGAAAAUUUCCGGCCUUAGCAUUCUGGACAACAAUGCUGUUAACUUUGUGGCGAUUCUGCUGACCACGAUGUUGACAUCUAUUGCCUGCUUAUAUAUAUUCUGAAAGGAAUUGGAUCAUUUUCAGUCAUUCGUUUGGAUUGGACAAUAUAUGGUCCAAAUUUGGUCUAUCUCGUUCAGUCCAAGAGAAUCCAAACUCAGUCCAAGAGAAUCCAAACUCAUUCUGAAAUCCAUCCCUCCAAUCCAACUGAAUGGUCUUGUGAGUGCAGAUUGUACUGUUGGCGUUUUUACAAUUGAUGUGUAUUUCGUUUUAUAGUUGUAUUCUCACACGUGGAGAGUUUGGUUGACUAUUAAGCUUUUCAUAAUGUAGUAUUAUUGUCGCA